AUGGCAACUGGGAACGGGGAAACUGGUCAACCAUUUGUGCAGUCAAAUCGAGCAGGUACACGCAAAUAUGUAGAGGCAACCGGGAAGAGGGAACUGCCCAACCACCUGUGCAGUCAAAUCGGGCAAGUUGCUGGGGAAAUCAUUGUCGGGCAACUAUGUUCUAAGCAUAGAUGCACAAAAAUAUUUAAAGGCAACCAGGAAUGGGGAAAUUGGUCAACCACCUGUGUAGUCAAAUCGGGCAGGUGGCUGGGGAAAUCAUUGUCAGACACUUGUGUACUAAGUACGGGUACACGCAACUAUGUAAAGGCAACCGAGAACGGGAAAACUAGCCAACCACCUUGGCAGUCAAAUCGGCUGAAGGCAACUGGGAACGAAAAAACUGGCCAACCACAUGUAGUCAAAUCGAGCAAAUGGCUUAGGAAAUCAUUGUCGAACACUAGUGUACUAAGCACAGGUACACGAAAAUAUUUAAAGGCAAUCAAAAAUGGGGGGACGAGCCAGCCACUUGUGCAGUCAAAUCAGGCAGGUGGCUUAAGAAAUCAUUAUCGAACACCUGUGUACUAA